UUUGCUGUAACUUAUAUCUGUACUAGUCCUUUAUUUUAGAUUUUCAACAAGGAGAAGCGCAUAACAACGUUAAAAGUGGCACAAUUCUGGUUAAAUUUAAAUGGUAAUAUCGUGGUAAAACAAAUACUUAAAUUAUCCACGGACUUUAAAUCAAAGAAGACGACCUUUUGUACAGUGCUCCCAUUAAUCAUGUCGUCAACGAAGAAUUUAACAUUAAAUGUAUCGUUGUUUGUAAUAUGCAUAGUGGUGGUUUAUGGAGCGACUGAAAAUACCGACACUUCAGAUAAAUCCGAAAACAAUGUAAAACUAUUCAAAAGAGACCUCAAUGCAGUUAAAUUCUUAGAUAAUCCAAACUUACAAGAACUUCAAACUGACAGCAUGUUGUUUAAUGAUGGAUUAGAACAUGACGAUUUAGGGAGUUAUGAGAGUGAUGAAGCUGGACAGUUUGUAGGUGAAAAUGAUGAUUUUCAAGGAAGCAUGGACAAGCGGAGAGGAGGUGUUGAUAGAUAUUCCUUUAUUGGGGCGCUUGGGAAAAGAAGAAGGCUUCCUAUGGGAUAUGUUGGUCAACUGGGAAAAAGAGCUCCUCUUGGUUUCUACGGUCAAUUAGGAAAGCGUGCACCAAUGGGUUUCAUAGGACAGUUGGGAAAGCGUGCACCAAUGGGUUUCAUAGGACAGUUAGGAAAGCGUGCACCAAUGGGUUUCAUAGGACAGUUAGGAAAGCGUGCACCAAUGGGUUUCAUAGGACAGUUAGGAAAGCGUGCACCAAUGGGUUUCAUAGGACAGUUAGGAAAGCGUGCACCAAUGGGUUUCAUAGGACAGUUAGGAAAGCGUACACCAAUGGGUUUCAUAGGACAGUUAGGAAAACGUGCACCUAUGGGAUCUAGCAGUCAACUCGGCAAAAAAUUGUACGAAAACUUUGUUGAAGAAUCUGCGGAAAAAGACAAGAGAUUUCCGAUGGGAUUUACAAGUCAACUUGGAAAAAGAGCGCCAAUGGGAUUUUUCGGUCAAUUGGGAAAACGCUUUCCUAUGGGAUUUAGGAGCCAACUUGGAAAACGAAUGGAAACAGCUGACGAUCAAGAUGAAAAUCCGCAAACUUCUUUAACAAGGAAAAGAAGAUCGUUUGCUUUGCCUUGGUACUUCUCACAACGCCAAACCCCGAUACCAUCUCGGUAUAUCAGGGGUGGUCUUGACAGAUAUUCCUAUUUCUCCAGAUUGGGCAAACGUCCUGACCUCCCAGACGAUUACUUUACUCUCGUCCAAGAUCACCCUGAUGUGUUUGGCGGGAACAAGUGAAGAGCUGGAAAGAUGCCACUCAGAUAUAUAGAUAUGAAGAUGCAACGUUACCGUCUAUUUUAUGAGCGUGUUUCUUUAAAGUUAUAAACUGUGUUAACGUGUUAAUGGUGUCGUUUUGAGAUUUAUGUUUUAUGUCCGUCGGAAGGUUUAUUGUUUCUAAAUAUAUGUUUAAAGAUAUUUAACAUCGGAAUGAGACAUUGAUCAGCAGUUGGAGCGACUGCAAAUAACAAUUAAAUAGAGAGAAUGUUCUGUUUGAAGCAGUUUUAUGCAUGUCAUUAUUAGUUAGGAUGCAUUAAAGAGAUAGAAAGUGUC